GCAUAUGCGUAAGAAAGAAGUAGUUAUGUAUUCAACUAUUUGUAUUUUAAUAUUGAGUCAAACAGAUUCCUAAUCAAUGCUUAAGUAGUCAGCUAGCCUUCCCGAAUAUGCUUAAGAUGCCAAAUGAGAAGAGCUUGACUAUGCUCCCAUCAGUUUUGAAGCAAACAAGUUGCAAAAUAACAAUUAUUAUAUGCAUUGUUUUAAUGCUCACUUGUCACAAUCAUCUUGAUUGUACUACUAAUAUCCAAUUACUAUUCCUUUGCAUUCACAUCUUGAUUGUACUAAUAUCUAGUUACCAUUGACAUAUCAUUCUUUGCUCUCCAUUCACACAGAUCUUGAUUUCCUUCCAUCUUUUGCUAAUACAAAAUGGCUGCAACUAUGAUUGGAAGUGCUUUCCUCUCUGCAACUGUUCAAACCUUAGUUGAGAAACUUGCUUCCAAAGAGUUUCUUGAUUACUUCAAACAAACCAAGUUCGAUGACUCACUCUUGGAACAGUUAGGACAAACACUACUCACUAUUCAACCUGUGCUAGAUGCUGCAGAGGAGAAGCAGAUCAACACUCCUUCUAUCAAACAAUGGCUUGAUGGCUUGAAAGAUGCUCUCUACGAUGCUGAAGAUCUGCUCAACCAUAUUAGCUAUCAUUCCCUUCAAUGCCAGAUGGAGAACACGCAAGCUGCAAGCAAAACUAAACAGGUCUGGAACUUCUUUUUUUCUCCUUCUACAAAUAACUAUGAAGAGAUCAAUUCCCAAAUGAAAAAAAUGUGCUUAAACCUCAAACAUUUUGCUGAAAAUAAAGAUAUCAUUAGUUUGCAAACUAAAAGUGUCGGAGUAUCUCGUAGAACACCUUCAACUCCUAUGUUCAAUGAAUCUGUCAUGGUUGGUAGGAAAGAUGACAAAGACAAAGUAAUGAACAUGUUGCUAUCACAAAGCAAUACUAGCCAGAACAAUAUGGGCGUAGUUGCAAUUGUAGGCAUGGGAGGUGUCGGAAAAACAACACUUGCACAACUUGCUUACAAUGAUGAAAAAGUUGAACAUCACUUUGAUCUCAAAGCAUGGGCUUGUGUAUCGGAGGAUUUUGAUGUUUUUAGAGUAACCAAAGCUCUCCUUGAAUCUGUCACUUCAAAAACAUGGAAUGACAGUAAUCUUGAUAUUCUUCGAGUUGAGUUAAAGAAAAAUUUGAGGGACAAAAGAUUUUUCAUUGUGCUGGAUGACUUAUGGAAUGACAGUUAUUCUGAUUGGGAUGAACUUGCAGCUCCGUUGAUAUAUGGAAAAAAUGGAAGCAGAAUGAUCAUCACAACACGCCACAAAAAAGUGGCAGAUGUUGCACGCACAUUUCCUAUUUUUUCAUUAGAUCCUCUAUCCCAUGAAGACAGUUGGUUUUUACUCUCCAAACAUGCAUUUGGAAGUGGAGACUUUUCUGAAACUCAACGCCGAAACCUAGAACCAAUUGGCAGGAAGAUUGCCAGAAAGUGUGGUGGAUUGCCAAUCGCUGCAAAAUCACUUGGAGGACUAUUGCGUUCGAAAGUAGAUACUGAAGAGUGGAUUGAAGUUCUGAACAACGACAUAUGGAACUUACAGAAUGAUAAUAUUUUGCCUGCAUUGCGCUUGAGUUAUCAAUAUCUUUCGUCUCAAUUGAAAAGAUGUUUUUCCUAUUGCUCUAUUUUUCCAAAGGACUAUCCGCUUGAUAGGAAGCAAUUGGUUUUGUUGUGGAUGGCAGAAGGCUUCCUUGAUCAUUCUCAAGACAGAAAAACAAUGGAAGAAGUAGGUGAUGAGUUUUUUGCUGAAUUGUUAUCCAGAUCAUUGAUUCAACAAUUGCAUGAUAAUUAUGGAAAACAAAUAUUUGUCAUGCAUGACCUUGUUAAUGAUUUAGCUACUGCUGUAUCUGGAAGAAGUUGUUACAGACAUGAAUUUGGCGCUAAGAGCUAUGAAAAUGUUCGUCACUUGUCAUAUAAUAAAGAAACAUGCGACGUUUUCAAGAAGUUUAAGACUUUCGACAAAUUCAAACGCUUGAGAAGCUUCCUUGCCAUUGGAUUUGGAUGGGCAGAAUAUAAUUUAUCAAGCAACGUCGUCAAUUAUUUGCUACCCACAUUUGAAAGGUUGCGUGUGUUAUCGUUGUCAAAAUAUAGAAACAUCACCACGUUACCCGUUACAGUUGGCAAUUUAGUGCAGUUGCGCUAUCUAGAUCUCUCUGACACGAAUAUUGCAAGCUUGCCUGACACCAUAUGCAACCUCUACUACUUGCAAACCUUGAUUUUAUCUAAGUGCUAUAAACUCACAGAAUUGCCAGAACAUGUUGGAAAAUUAAUUAAUUUGCGUCAUCUUUAUAUUGAUAGGACAAGCAUAAUAGAGAUGCCGAAGCAAAUUGCUGAACUAGAAAACCUUCAAACUCUAAAUGUUUUUGUAGUAGGCAAGAAAAAUAUUGGUUCAACUGUUAGAGAGCUUGGGAAGUUUCCUAAUCUACGGGGAGAAUUAUUCAUCAAGAACCUGCAAAAUGUCAUUGAUGUCAUGGAGGCAAGUGAUACCAACUUGAAGAGCAAAGAACAUAUUGAGGAAUUGACGCUACAGUGGGGUGAGGAAACGGAUGACACACUUAAUGAAAGAAAUGUGCUUGAUAUGUUACAACCAUAUGCAAGCCUUAAGAAAUUGAGAAUUGAAUCGUAUGGUGGGACACAUUUUCCUAGUUGGUUGGGAGAUCCAUCAUUUUUUAACAUGGUGUCCCUCUAUAUUCAUGAAUGUAUGAAUUGCACGACACUUCCACCACUAGGGCAGCUACCUUCUCUCAAGGACUUGUGCAUUGAAGACAUGACAAAUUUGGAGACAAUUGGGCAGCAGUUCUAUGGCUUGGCAGCAGGAGGUUCCAAUUCUUCGUUCCAACCAUUUCAAUCCCUUGAGAAUUUGGAAUUUUCGUACAUGGGAAAUUGGGAGGAAUGGUGUCCUUUCCAAGACAACAUGUUUCCUUUUCCUCGUCUGAAAACUCUGAGGUUAGUAUGGUGUCCCAAAUUAAAGGGACAUUUACCUACUCAUCUUCCUUUCAUAGAAAAGAUUGAAAUAGAUGGUUGCGACCAUCUCUUGGCAACACCACCUACUCAACAUUGGCUCUCCUCAAUAAAAAAUAUUCGUAUUAGGGGAUAUUCGAAUUCAGAAAGCAAUACUGAAAGGACUCAAUACUCAUUGCUCGAGAGUGAUUCUCCAUAUCUGCUGCAAACAAUAGACACAUCGAGCUGUCAUAUGCUAAAAUCUGUACCUAAAAUGAUUAUAAACAGCACCUCUCUUCAACGCUUGGAUCUCUAUGGUAUUAGUUCUCUCAAUGCGUUUCCAACAAACGGUUUACCCACUUCUUUGCAAUCACUUUGUAUUUCAGAAUGUGAGAAUUUAACAUUCCUACCUCCUGAAACGUGGAGCAAUUACACAUCACUUGUGACUCUUAAAUUAGAAAACAGCUGCAGUGCACUUACCUCCUUCCCAUUGAAUUGUUUUCCUGUUCUCCAAGAUCUUUCCAUCUGGAGAUGUAGGAGUUUGGAAUCUAUUUUUAUUUCAGAAACUUCUUCUUGUAGCUCGUCAACCCUCCGAUCUUUUGUUGUCAAUGAUUGCGAGGCACUUAGAUCACUACCUCAACGGAUGGACACACUCACCGCUCUUGAAUCGAUAACUCUAUGCAUUCUUCCAAAUUUGAAUUUAUCAUUAUGUGAAGGAGCUUUCCUACCUCCGAAUUUACAAUCAAUUAUAGUUUAUUCUGUGAGGAUAACAAAGCCGGUAACAGAGUGGGGUCUCCAAGGCCUUACUCGUGUUCGUUCAAUGGAUAUCAGAGGUGAUGACAUUGUUAAGAUGUUGCUCAAGGAGCCGUUGUUGCCCAUUUCCCUUGUGUCUCUAGAAUUCAAAAAUCUCUUUGAAAUGAAAUCCUUAGAAGCAAAUGGACUUCGACACCUCUCCUCGCUGAAAAAUCUUUAUUUCUGGGGCUGUCUAAGACUAAACUCAUUGCCAGAAAAAGCCUUUCCCUCCUCACUGAAAACACUUUUUUUCUGGGAGUGUCCAAGACUAGAGUCAUUGCCAGAAGACAGCCUCCCUACCUUUCUUGAGGAACUGACCAUUUCAAGAUGUCCAUUGUUAGAAGAAAGGUAUAAACGGAACGAAUGUUGGUCCAAAAUUGCUCACAUCCCGGUCAUAAGAAUAAAUGAGCAACUCACAAUAUGAGCCAUGACCAUAGAGAAGCCAGGAGAAUGAAGAAUUCCCAUCAUGUUUCAGAGUCCAGGUAAUUCGGUAAUUCGGUGAGGUGUAUACUCUGUUGUUGUGGCUGACAUUGAUUGCUAAAAGACUGAGAUGAAAAGGAGAGCUGAAUUUGGUUGGUUGAGAAGGUUAUUUUCUGAUGAAUGCAGUGCUUAGUUUUAUCUUAAUGUACUCUUUCUAUCUUAAUCAUGUGCAAUAAUAACCAUUUGUUAGUUCUAUGACUCAUUACAUCAUUAAAUAAAUUAUCAAAGAGCUUUUGUAACUCACACAACUAACUCUGCAAAUCUUUGGCUGCAUUAUUCAUCUUUUCAUUUCCUUUACACCCUCAUUAGCAAGAUAUCUACCAAAACAUUCUGAUGGUUGAAUUGCUUUCAAAUACAUUCUAGCCGAAGAAUGUGACUUUUCCUUUUCCACCAAAGUUAAAUUCAAACCAUGACUUAGAGAAAGCAUAGCUUGGCCAAAGAGAUGAAUAAUAGGAAAACUAAAAACACGGUGAAUGAAGAAUUGGUUCCACUUAGUCAUUGCUUCAAGUAGAAGGUAACGUUGAAUGGAAGUUUUUUAGGCAUCAAAUAUGUCAUUCUCAUUCAUGCCAACUUCUCACUGAUUUGGAAAUCAAGUGUUCCAACUAGAGAGUUUUCAACCUCACCAGCAAUUUUUCUUAGUUCCAUGUAUGUCUUACAAUCACUAUAUGUUGUAAAAUAUUUUACUGAUAUAUUAAAAAGUUAUUCUUACAUGUUA